AUGGCUACGUGGGAAGCGAGGGUCCGCUCUUGCGGCGAGCGGCUGUGUCAGCUGCCGGACACGUCAUUCGAGGAAAUCGAGGCCACGUCAGCAGAACUGAGGCGGCUGCUGGAGGAGGGAUGUAGCGAGGGAUGCGCAAGUUCGUGGAAACCGACGACAGAAAAAGGAGAGGCAGGAGAUAUCGGGCCUCCUGCGGCUCGCUCUGCCGUGAAUGGCGCUGCGGACGCUGUUGGAGAAGACUCGGAAAGCGAAGGCUACGACCCUUUUAAUUCCUCCUCGAAUCCACACCCCCCUUUCGUCCAUCAGCCAUCGAUCCCACUCUGCCGCACCUCAUGGGGCAUGCAUGCCGCCCUCCACGCCGCCCUCCACGCCGCCCUCCAUGCCGCCCUCCACGCCAGGGCGUCUCUCCUCAUCGACCGGGCAUCGUGGGAUAUCCUCCGCUUCCUCUCCUCGCCUCUCCCUUCCUCCCCUUCCUCCUCCCCCGUCUCCUCCUUCCCUCCCUCCUCCCCUCCUCCUUCCUCGCCCUCCUCCUCAACAUCCCACAUACCACCUGCCCCAGCAGACGCCUCCCCUCGCUGCUGUGCGCUAGCAUGCGAGGCGGUGGGGGAGGUGGCAUCUGGGGCGGGUGACACCCGCGAGGUGCAUGCUGCGCUGGUGGAGGGGCUGUCUGGAGCCGUCAGGCGGGCGGCGCAGUUGGGGUUGGAGGAGAGGGGAGAGGGGGAGGGAGGGGAGGUGGAGGGGGAGGAUGGGGGAGGGGAGGGAGGGGAGAUUUGGAGUGGCUGUGUGGCGCCGUUUGGCACUCAGCUCGCACUACUGGCCGGGCUGCACACCAGCAAUUGGCAGUCAGCCAGGUGUAGUGUAGCGCUCGGGCAAUCAGAGUGCCGGCAUGAGUUCACAGUCAGUGUGCUUGCUUUCCCUCCGCUUUCCACUCGUUUUUCUAUUAUUUUCGCUUUCUUUGUGUUUCUCCUCGUCUCUCCCAUCUCUGCUCUCUUCACAUCUCGUCCUUCCUCCACACCUGCAACCCCUCGCCAAACCCCUUCCUCCCCUCUCCCUCCCGGUCCUCGCAGCUCUCCCCCGCAUUCCCCGGCAGUGUCAUCGCGCUCCCCCGCAUCCCCCGCCAGCGCCAUCGCUCUCCCCCGCAUCCCCCGGCAGCGCCAUCGCUUCUUCAUCGACUUGGCGCCGCUCCUCCUGCACCUCGCCCAGCGGGCCUCUCACUGUGCUGUGCUGCCAGCACCACCACAGCCCCACACACGCUCCUCCCUUUCCCGCUACACCACCGCUUCUCAAGCGCCCUUAUCCACUCCUUCUCUCCCCUCGCUCUCCCCACUUUCUGCCGAGAUCUUCCUUCCUCCCCCUCCUCCCAGCCCCUUCCCUACUCAAAGCACCUCUCCCAUCGCACCACCACCACCGCACCCCACCCCACCCAUCACGCCACCUGCUCCCGCCGCCACCCCUCCCUUCCCUCCCGGCACCCGCUCCAUGAUCCCCCCAUCACCUCACGUAUCUCCUGCCAUCCCACCUCCCCCCAACCCCACCGCACCUGCUCCCACCCCUUUCGUAUCUGCUUCCACACCACCUGCCCCCACCAACACUCCCCCCUUCCCUCCUGGCACCCGCUCUAUCAUUCCGGACCUCCUUCAAACUCCCAGCAGCAGCAGAGAGGCAGCAUGGCUGGUGUGCCACCGCUGCAUGCACCUCGUUCUCACUGCAGUCACACGCGCUAUAGUCCCACCCGUCCCACAAGCAGCAGCACAGCCUGUCACCUCCCCUCGCACUGAAACCUCCUCUCACCCUCAACCUCAAGCCUCCCCCCAGAUUCUACUGGCAGCCCAAACAGCCACGCUGCUGCUGCUCCUCUCUCUUUCCCACUGCUCCGCCUUCCUCCUCUCCAUCCUCUCCUCCCAUCCCCCACCCCCCUCCGCUCUCCCCUCAAAACUCUCGCCCCUUUUACCUGCCUCAGUCCCAGCACCCGCCCCCACGCCCUCCCCUGCACCCGCCCCCACGCCCUCCUCCGCACCCCUCCUCCCCCUCAUCUCACCGGUGGCCAGCGCCCUGGCUGCUCUCCACUGCCACAUCGGUGCCUUGUGGCCACUCAUUCCAGGGGAGAGCGCAGCUGAACACACGCCUAGAAGCAUGGGCACAGGCACCAGCAGCAGCAGCAGCAGCAGCAGCAGCAGCAGCAGCAGCAGCAGCAGCAGCAGCAGCAGCAGCAGCAGCAGCAGCAGCAGCAGCAGAGCAGGUGCAAUCGGUGAUGCUGAGAGCACAGAAGGUGGUGCUGCCAGUGCCACAGCACACUCUCUCCUCCCCUCUCUGGACCUUCUCUCCCUCACUGUGUGCCGCUCCUCCUGCCAUCUUCACGACAAUACAGCUGCUGCCGCACCUGCACCUGCUGGUGCUGCUGCUGCUGCAGCUCGUACGGAUGGAGCUUUGGGCACCAAUGCUUGGCUGGGAGCGGUGAAGGCUCUUCUGAGGCCAGAUGAGGAGGAAGAAGAAGAGGAAGAGGAAGAGGAGGACGAGGAUGAGGAGGAGGGAGAGGGUGGUAGAGCAAGCAGAGAAGAGAAGAAGAGGAGAGAAGCGGAGAGGUUGAAGAGAGAAGAGGAGUGGUUGGGUGCGGUGCAAAGGGAGGUGGAGGGGGGAGUGGCAGUGUUGCUGCUAUGGGUGCUUCUCCAAGCUGCAAAGCCUCACCCCACCACCAGCACCAGCAGCACCCUUCCUGCCGCCCGCACCACUCUCAUCACACUGCUCCGCUUUGCUCCUUGCCUCCUUGCUGCUGGCUCUCCAGCUGGCGUUGCAGGGAGAACAGGAGGAGUGGGAGACGUUGUGUUGAGAAGGGUUGCUGGCAUACGAUUGGCAUGGCAGGGGCACCCCAUGCGGACAUGGCAGGGGCACCCCAUGCGGGCAUGGCAGGGGCACCCCAUGCGGACAUGGCAGGGGCACCCCAUGCGGACAUGGCAGGGGCACCCCAUGCGGACAUGGCAGGGGCACCCCAUGCGGACAUGGCAGGGGCACCCCAUGCGGACAUGGCAGGGGCACCCCAUGCGGACAUGGCAGGGGCACCCCAUGCGGACAUGGCAGGGGCACCCCAUGCGGACAUGGCAAGGGGCACCCCAUGCGGACAUGGCAGGGGCACCCCAUGCGGACAUGGCAGGGGCACCCCAUGCGGACAUGGCAGGGGCACCCCAUGCGGACAUGGCAGGGGCACCCCAUGCGGACAUGGCAGGGACACCCCAUGCGGACAUGGCAGGGGCACCCCAUGCGGACAUGGCAGGGGCACCCCAUGCGGACAUGGCAGGGGCACCCCAUGCGGACAUGGCAGGGGCACCCCAUGCGGACAUGGCAGGGGCACCCCAUGCCUCUCUUCUCUCUUCCACGUCUCCUCACCCUCCCGUUUCCGCACUUCCCCAGCCCCCUUCGCCUUGCUUUUCUCACUUCUCAUCUCACCCAUCUCCUUUCCCCUUCUGUUCCUCUCCCCCCACCGCCUUCUCAUCCCCACCUUCCCCACUCACCCCCCACCAGGUGGCUCUGCUCGUGUCAUUCGCCAAGGACGAAGUGGACCGAGCAUGGCCUCGCUUGUUGCACCUUGCACCAUCCACGUCAGCACCACCAUCCACGCCAGCACCACCAUCCACGUCAGCACCACCAUCCACGUCAGCUCCAGCUUCACCCCCAUCAAAAUUACCCGCAAGCACUCCUCCCCACCACCCCCUCUCUCCUCCCCCUCUCCCCUCCUUCGCCUCGCCAGCCAUCCUCUCCCUGCUACACCUUCUCCUUGACCCCUCAGCUUCCUCUCCCGCGCCGCUACUGGCCUUCCACCUGCCGGAUCAUGCAGAUGCCAUCAUUGCAGCGCUCAACCUCCUGCGCUUCCUGCUCCUCAGAGAGCACCAACCUGCCUCCACCCCCAUCCACUCCUCUGCACCCCUGCCCUCACCUCUCCAUCCGCCCUCACUGCCCUCCCCCACAUCCCUCCGCACCAAGCCCAGCCUGUAUCGCGCUCGAAACUCCUGGCUGCUGCCUCUGCGCUCCGCCGCCCUCGCCGCCCGGGCCUCCCUCGAAUGCAGGAGACCACGGGUGAGGGGCUGCAGGGAAGGGAUGGGAUGCGGACAUGGGGAUGGCGAAGGGGAGAGUGGGAAUGAGGAGGAUGGGGAGGAUGGGGAGGAUGGGGAGGAGGAGGAGGAGGAGGAUCAGAUGGAUGAGCAGGCAUGGGUGCGGGAGUGGAUGGGAGUGGAGACGGUGCUGUCGCUGGUGGCCAGAUGCCUGGAGCUGGUGGAGGCAGACCAAGGCGUGUAG